CUCCCGCCCCCGCUCCCGCCCUGUCAGCGCCGAAGGACCCGGAUCCUGGGGGCGCCGGACGACACGGUGCACGGCCGGGUGACGUUGGAGAAGGUCCUCGGGAUCACGGCCCAGAACAGCAGCGGCUUGGACUGCGACCCCAGCACGGGCCAGAUCGCCUACCUGGCGGGCUGUGUGGUGGUGAUUUUAAACCCCGAGAAGAACAAGCAGAGGCACAUCCUGAACACAUCCAGGAAGACACUCAGCGCGGUCUCCUUCUCUCCAGAUGGCAAGUUCAUCGUCACGGGGGAGAACGGGCACAGACCGGCCGUGCGGGUCUGGGACGUGGACGAGAAGACGCAGGUGGUCCAGCUGCUGGGCCACAAGUACGGCGUGGCCUGCGCGGCCUUCUCCCCCAGCGUGCGGUACAUCGUGUCCGUGGGCUCCCAGCACGACAUGGUGGUCAACGUGUGGGACUGGAAGAAGAGCAGCGUGGUGGCCUCCAACAAGGUGUCGUGUAAGGUGGUGGCCGUCUCGUUCUCCGAGGACAGCAGCUACUUCGUGACCGUGGGCCACCGGCAUGUCAAAUUCUGGUUCCUGGAGGCCUCCAAGGAAGCCAAGAUGACGAGCACGGUACCCCUGGUCGGACGAUCGGGGAUCCUGGGCGAGCUGCACAACAACGUCUUCUGCGGGGUGGCCUGUGGCAGAGGGCAGCUGGCGGGCACCACCUUCUGCGUUGCCCGCUCUGGCCUCCUGUGCCAGUUCAACGAGAAGAGAGUGUUGGAGAGGUGGAUCGACCUGAAGGUCUCCCUCUCCUCGUGCCUGUGCGUGAGCGACGAGUUGAUCUUCUGUGGCUGCACGGACGGGACGGUGCGCAUCUUCCGGGCCCGUGACAUGCACUACCUGCUCAACCUGCCCAAGCCCCACCACCUGGGCAUCGACGUGGCUCAGGGGCCGGAGCCCGGCAGGAGAGCAGAGUCGGUGUACCCGGACACGGUGGCCUUGGCCUUUGACCCCUGCCGCCGCUGGCUGUCCUGUGUGUACAAGGACCACAGCGUCUACGUCUGGGACGUCGGGGACCUCAAAAAGGCGGGCAAGGUGUGGUCCAACCUCUUCCACAGCUCCUACGUGUGGAACGUGGAGGUGUACCCGGAGUUCGAAGACCAACGGGCCUGCCUCCCCUCGGGCUCCUUUCUGACCUGCUCCUCGGAUAACACCAUCCGCUUCUGGAACGUGGACGGCGACACCAGAGCCGGCGACCCGGGGAACGGCUUCAGUCACGACUUGCUGAAGGUGGUGUACGUGGAGAACGACAUCGAGCACCUGCAGGACGGGGCGCACCCCCCGGACCGGAGCGAGGCCGGCGGCUGCGUGGACGUCAAGGCGGGCGUGCGGGUCAUGCAGGUCAGCCCCGACGGGCAGCACCUGGCCUCGGGCGACCGCAGCGGGAACCUCAGAAUCCACGAACUCAAGUUCAUGGGCGAGCUGAUCAAGGUGGAAGCCCACGACGCCGAAGUGCUGUGUUUAGAGUAUUCCAAGCCCGAGACCGGGGUCACCCUGCUGGCUUCGGCCAGUCGAGACCGGCUCAUCCACGUGCUGAACGUGGAGAAGAACUACAACUUGGAGCAGACCCUGGACGACCACUCCUCCUCCAUCACUGCGGUGAAGUUCGCCGGAAACCGGGACCUCCAGAUGAUCAGCUGCGGUGCCGACAAGAGCAUUUACUUCCGCAGAGCUCAGCAGGUCUCGGACAGCCUGCACUUCGUCCGCACCCAUCACGUGGCCGAGAAGACCACCCUGUACGACAUGGACAUCGACAUCACGCAGAAGUACGUGGCCGUGGCCUGCCAGGACCGGAACGUCAGGGUCUACAACACGGCGAGCGGGAAGCAGAAGAAAUGCUACAAGGGCUCGCAGGGGGACGAUGGCUCCUUGUUGAAGGUCCAGGUGGACCCGUCGGGCACCUUCCUGGCCACCAGCUGCUCCGAUAAGAGCAUCUCGGUGAUCGACUUCUACUCCGGCGACUGCAUCGCCAAAAUGUUCGGCCACUCGGAGAUCAUCACGGGGAUGAAGUUCACAUACGACUGUCGCCACCUGAUCACCGUCUCCGGGGACAGUUGUGUGUUCAUCUGGCAACUGGGCCCGGAGCUCACGUCCUGCAUGAAGCAGCACCUGCUGGAGAUGGACCCCGGCGAGCGGCGGCAGGCGACGAAGGUCGCCAAGUGGGCCGAACCCAUCAGGCCGGAGACCUACUUGUCGGCGCCGUGCCGGACUCCGUCUCCGCCCCCCGACGAGCAGACGGAAGAUGAGAUGGAGGAGGACGACGAGGAGGAGUCGUCACUGCAGACGCCGGCCAAAGACAGCUUCGAUUCUGACCCCCGAUGCCUGCUGACCAACGGCAGGCUGCCCCUGUGGGCAAAGAGGCUGCUGGGGGCCGACGAGGCAGCCGACGGGGCGGCCCUGCACCCCAAGAAGAGCUACCAGCCGCAGGGACGCUGGGCGGAGCGAGCGGACGGAGACCCCAUCAAGACCAUCCUGGGCCCCCAGGCCCCGGACUACUGCUUCACACCCCUGCGGCCCAGGGCGCUGGAAGACCCGGACCCCCUGGACACGUUGCGGCCCCGGACCCUGGCUCGCCUGCUCUCCGAGGCCGGAAGCGGGGACCCGGCGGGCCAGCCGGAGGAGCCGGACCCCGGAUCCCCGCCGCCCGUGUUGGCCGGGGCCGGCUCACUCGGGGUGCUCACGGCGAGCGGCAACGCCUUCUUCGACUCCGGGGAGAUGUCGGGUGACACCGACAGCACGUACUGCGUGAAGGAGGUGGAGGGCCCGACCUCGGGGCGGCCGGCCGACAGCUACUCCGCCAUCUGCUCGGUCACCUCGGACGACUCGGACACCUACUUCCUGGAGCGCCCGCUCGAGGAGGGGGACUCGCUGGGGUCGGAGGACGCGGAGACGGAAGCGGAAAUCGGGGACUCGGACGAGAGCCACGGAGCGGCCCCGACGUCCCCUCUGACGUCGCCGCCCGAGCCAGGAGGGGCCGUCGGGCAGCUGUUUGGGGUGUUGGUCGCUUGGAUCUGUGCCUCCCCGCCUCGGGGCCUAGGCAGGAGUGAGGAGUUGGAUGAGGAGGAGGAGGAGGAGGAGGAGGAGGAGGAGCCGGCUGAGAUGGAGAGAGCUGUGCCACCCAGCAGUUCCCUGCCCCAGACGCCCGAGCAUGAGAAGUUCCUCAGACAUCACUUCGAGACCCUCACUGAUGUCCACCCCGAAGAGGCGUUCGGCGACUCGCUGAAGGACCUGAAGCCCCCGGAGGAUGAGGAGAACUUCUUCCCGAACCCCCGGCUGAGCAUCUCGGCCCGAUUCCUCUCCCGCUGCCAGAGGAACCCCAGGUUUGCCCACGCCUUCCCGCCCAGGGCGCCCCAGGGGGCCAAGACGGACACCGCGGCCCCAGAGCGUCUGGAGGCUCCCAGGGCAGACCGAGUCCCAGGCGAGAAGACGGUGGAGACCGAGAAGAGCGCGGAGUGCGCUUCCUGGAGCCAGCCACCGGCGUGCCACCCCGCCUCGUCCGUCCCGGCGCUCCCUGACGAGAGGAAGGCGAGGCCGCCCCCGCGCCCUUGGGCCCGGCCGGGCCGCCCCGCCCGGGGCCCGACGUACAUGGAGGCCACGGCCAGCUCCCGGGCCAAGAUGUCCCGCAGCCUCUCCGUCUCCCUGGGCGACGGCCCGGAGCCCCUGAGGCCCGGCCCGCCGGCCCGGCCGCCGGCCGCCGGCGAGCCGGCCGAGCCGGGCCGGGCCCGGGACGGGUGGCAGGAGGGAGACCGGGCGCUCCCCGCCCGGGGCAACCACGAGGCGAGAGCCAACUUGACACUGGACCUGCCCAGCUUCGCCUCCCGCCUCCUGGGGCCGCCCCCUCCUCAGCCCACGGGGGCGGCGGGGUGUGCCCGGUCCCCGGGGGGCCCCGCCCCCCCAGCCAACGCGACUCCGACCGAGAUGAAGUCGCCGGCGGGGCCCCGGCGCCCCGGCGGCCCCAAGCGCCCGUCGGACCCGGAGCCGCCGGGCCUGCCCCCGGCCGGGGCGGAGGCCCAGGACGGCCCCCCGCUCCCGCCCGCCCCCACCCCCGAGGAGGACUCCGGGACCGGACGGCCGGACCCCGAACCCGAUGUCCAGCCAUCCCCGCCGCGGCGAGCCGAGAGCGUGGCCCAGCGGCUGCGCGGUGCGUUCCAGGAGGCCGUGGACCUGCACAAGGUGGUCUCGGCCAGCGACGCGAGCGCCGAGCAGCUCCGGGUCCGAGCGGAGCUCCUGGCCGCCUUCCUGUGGCUGAGGCAGCAGCUGGAGGCGGUGGGCUGCCCCGGGGGGACCCCCACCCGCCCCCCCUCGCCCCAGCUGCCUCCCCUGCGGAGCACGGACCUGCGGGUCCUGCUGGAGCGCUACUCGGAGCUGCUGGUCCAGGCUGUGCAGAGGAAGACGGGGGGGGCUGGGGCCGGAGGGCUGAGCGGGCCCGGGGGCCGACCGGGGUGGGGGGUGCCGGGGAGAGGCCUCGGUCCCCGCCUGGCCCCCGACCCCGGACGCCCCCGGCUCUGGAUGGCCCCGGCGGGUAGGCGGGCCGUAGAGGGGUCCGGUCGAGUCGCGCGUGCGGGCCGAGACCCCCCCCCCGGCCCGGCCCUCGGAGGCUCCGGGCCCCCGGGGUCCGGAUCCGUCUGCCCUGCCUGCCCGGGCCCCGCCCGGGGCCUCAACCAGUAUUUGCUGCUUUUAACAAUAUAUCUAUUUUGGAACAAUAACGACUCUGCGGCGUGCUGGGCUUGGGGGGGUCUGCUCGGGGGAAGAGGGGGUUUCCUGGGACGAUGUUCAGGCCGGGGAUCACAGCCCCCGACCCUUCCCCAGCCCAACCGGAGCGAGACAGAGACGGCGUCUCCAGGGAAGAGGACGAUGGGCACCAUUGUUUCCCAUCCCUUCCCUCCCCGUUUGGGAAGGCCUUCCUGAAGUCUGUCCUCUGUCCCUCUGGCUGCCGUCUCUCCCCUUUCCUAUUUUCUCUGCUUCCCGAGGCCUGUUCUGUCCUUCUCCUUCGGUAGCAAUAAUAAUGACGAUGAUAACCGUGGUAUUGGUCAAGCACUUACCCUGGGCCAGGCACCGUACCAAGC